CUUAAUUGGGAUUUGAACGUGUCGGUGCUUGCUUAAUCUUCACAUUUGGCACCAACCCUCUCUUAGAUCUAUGCUUUCCAUAUUUUCGAUUACAUUUAAUUCAACCCAUAUAUAAAUAUAUUUUUCUUUAAUCAAAACACAGCAAAAACACGACAUUUCAAUAAAACAUUGCAACACCCACGAUAAUAUAUUAGCAUGAAACACCUUAUCAAAGAAAUAUUCAAAUAGUAUUUGUUUUUGCAUCAAAAAAAGUAAAAAUAAAAUCAACCAUUAAAUUCUUAAACCUUUUGAACUUGAUUUUGAAUUUGAUAAAAAAAUAUUGGGUUAAAAAUGGGGGAAGGAAAAGGGUCGAAAGGUGGGUGUUGUGGUUGGUUUUUGGUGUUGAUAGUUGCGGCAGCCAUUGUUGCAGGUUUAGUGGUUGCUUUCAGAUCAAAAUUCCAUCAUUCUGAUAAACCCGAACCCGUACCCGGCCCACCUGGCGCCAUUGUUACUAAAUACUCUGAUGCCCUCAAGUUAGCUAUGCAGUUUUUUGAUAUUCAAAAAUCUGGUAAGUUGGAAGAUAAUAAGAUAUCAUGGAGAGGCGAUUCGGCUUUGAAGGAUGGGAGUGAGGCAAAAUUAGACCUCUCAAAAGGGCUGUAUGAUGCUGGUGAUCACAUGAAGUUUGGGUUUCCAAUGGCUUUCACUGCCACCGUCUUGUCGUGGGCUAUCCUCGAGUAUGGGGAUCAAAUGGCUGCUACAAAACAGCUUCAACCUGCUCAAGAGAACCUAAAGUGGAUCACUGACUAUCUUGUCAAUGCUCAUCCUAAAGAUAAUGUUCUCUAUAUUCAGGUUGGUGAUCCUGAUCUAGAUCAUAAAUGCUGGGAGAGGCCUGAAGAUAUGACAGAGAAAAGGCCUCUUACACAAGUGAAUGUCUCCACUCCAGGAACAGAAGUUGCAGCAGAAACAGCAGCAGCUAUGGCAGCAGCAUCCCUUGUGUUUAAGUCGAGCGACGCCACCUAUUCAAGCACUCUUUUGAAGCACGCUAAGCAGCUUUUUGACUUUGCUGACACUCACAGAGGUUCUUACAGUGAAAACCUUCCAGAAGUUGCAACUUAUUAUAAUUCCACUGGUUAUGGGGAUGAGCUCUUGUGGGCUGCAAGCUGGCUCUAUCAUGCAACCAAAGAUAACACUUAUUUGGAAUACGUGAAUGACAAUGGAAAAGAAUUUGCUGAUUAUGGAAGUCCAACCUGGUUUAGUUGGGAUAAUAAACUUGCAGGAACUCAGGUACUACUGUCUAGGGUCAAUCUUUUUGCUUCAAAGGAUGUCUCAAGUUCUGCAAACUCUGGCCUUCUGAAGUAUAGGCUAACAGCUGAGGCUGUUAUGUGUGGUCUUUUACCAAAAUCUCCAACUGCAACAUCUAGCAGAACAGAUGGGGGUCUUGUAUGGGUCAGUGAGUGGAAUGCACUUCAGCAUCCUGUCGCAGCUGCAUUUUUGGCUGUUGUCUACAGUGACUACAUGCUUUCUUCAAGAACAGCAAGGGUGUCUUGCAGUGGACAUUCGUACAAGCCAUCCGAUCUUCGGAAAUUUGCCCUUUCACAGGCUGAUUAUGUGCUAGGAGACAAUCCUAUGAAAAUGAGUUUUCUUGUGGGUUAUGGGGACAAAUACCCACAAUUUGUGCACCAUAGAGGUGCCUCAAUCCCAGCAAACGCAAAAACUGGGUGUGAAGAUGGAUUCCAGUGGCUUAACUCUACUAAACCCAAUCCAAAUGUUGCUGUUGGAGCACUUGUUGGAGGGCCCUUUUUAAACGAAACGUUCAUUGAUGAUCGGAAUAAUUCGAUGCAAACUGAACCUACCACAUAUAACAGUGCCCUUGUUGUCGGCCUCUUAUCGGGUUUGGUCACCACUUCUUCAGUAGUUGCAUCUUUUACAUGAAUGCUGUUAUGCUAAUGCCAUAACUACAAACUACGUCUUUGUAUUUAUAGGUGUAUUUUUGUUGUCCAUAUUAGUUAUCUACGUGGGUGACAUUGAUGUCGCUCUUGUAAUCCGGUUACAAUGAUACCAUGUAUCAUCAUAGUAAUGUAGACUUAUGUAGUAGAGUGCUGGAGUAUCAGAUCACAACUUCCUCAUGUGUCAUGUCUCUAUAUUUGCUGUAAUUUUUAUUAUUUUUUUAAUUCUUUUUCGUCGUCCCUGACUUGCCUGGGCUAGGGGCACUGCAAAGGUGAUGACUGAAGAGUGGAACUUGUUAAGCUUAUUAUUGUUGUGCGAUAUACAUGAGCAAGGGUGCAGCAAGGCUAUUGUAGAUUUGUUUUUUACAUUAGGUUUAUGGUUGUGUAACAAGAUUCAAGAAAUAACAAGUGCUUGAUUUUUAUGAUCUAUUUACAUGAAA